AUGUCCCAAGCCUCCCUCCAAUUCGGCAUAGAGAUCGAGCUGCUCCUGGGCGGACGCAAAAAAGCACACUCAUCCUGGAAAAGCCUUGCAAAUGAUUUGAGCAAACGCCUCACCGCGGUUGGAAUUGCCAAUCAUGUCAACGACGGGGGAGACAAGUCAAUUGAGCACUAUCGCGAGUACUCCCUUGUGCGUGAGGUCACCAUACCAAAUCAGCUGGGAAAGGGUCUAUGGGGCAUAGAGCUCGUGUCCCCGGUCUAUCCAGCCACGUGGAGCUGGGCGGUCGACAUGGAGCUGAUCUUCUCGACCAUCAGACGUUACUUUAUCUUGGUCCCCAGCCCGCACUGCAGCACGCACAUUCACGUGUCAGCGACACCGCUACCACUGUCUCCCAUCGAGCUCUCUGCGCUAGCCAAGGCUGCCCUGUACUUCGAGCCGGCCGUAGACCAGCUGGUCCCAGCCGACAGGCGAGCUUCCAACGCGUACUGGUGCCAAAGCAACAGGGCGAGCGUGGCCCUGCGGUCAAUGAGCCUCCAGGAAUGUCUAGUGACGGUAGAUGCCGCGUGGGACCUGCCGGCAACUUCCUCCAACACUGAGCUGUUUGACCGUUCUCUGGCCCGGGCGCUGGUGGGAAGCAUGAACCUUUUCCCUGCGAGCUCCACCUAUGGGAGGGCGCAUGGCAAGAAGCACGACUUUGUCCGAGGAAAGGUGUACAAGUGGGAUUUUUCGAGGAUGCUACCAAGGCCGUCGUCCUCCUCCAAAGGCAGUGCCACAGGUCCAACCCCGGAGACGGUGGAGUUUCGGCAGCCGCCGGGCAGCUGCUCCGCCGAGGAUGCCAAAGGCUGGAUUACCUUGGUGCUUGCCUUGGUGGCAGGAGCUACGAAGACAACAUCAUGGGCACCGUUGAGCGUCACAGGCAUGCAGGGGGGCUCGAUCGGAGAGUUAUGGGCGCUGGUUGUGACAGGUGCCUCGGUCCUGGGCUGGGAUGGCGUGGGCGAUGCGGCUGUCAUAUUUUCCCGGAGGAAUGCUUAA